CUCGACCGAUCAAUAAUGGUGGUGAAGGCGCCCCUGCUGAGCCUGCUAGUGAACCUCCAUGCGGCGCUCCUGUUCCUGCCUGCGCCGGGAUCGGCGCAAGUGUACGACGUGACGCGCUACGGAGCGCGGCCGGACGGCGUGACGGACUCGGCGGUGCCGUUCCUGCGCGCGUGGGCCGACGCGUGCCGCUCUCCGGGCCUGGGCCCGGCCACGGUCCACGUGCCGCCCGGCGUGUUCCUGCUCGGGCGGAGCACCACCUUCUCCGGCCCGUGCAAGGCCCGGUCCAUCGCCUUCAGCAUCGCCGGCACGCUGCUCGCCCCCGCGGGCUACGGCUGGGACUCGGCCGGCCCCGGGCGCUGGAUCACCUUCGAGUCCGUCGACCGCCUCACCGUCUCCGGCGGCACCCUCGACGCCCGCGGCGCCUCCCUGUGGGCCUGCAAGAAGCAGCAGCAGCUCUUGCACCCCCUCCUCCACUGCCCCUCCGGCGCCUCGUCGUUGACGAUCUCGAACUCGAAGGGGGUGCUGGUGGAAGGGGUUCGGUCGGUGAACAGCGAGCUGUUCCACGUGGUGGUGCUGCAGAGCCACGGCGUGACGCUGCGGCGGGUGGCGGUGGAGGCGCCCGGGGACAGCCCCAACACGGACGGGAUACACGUCCACAUGUCCAGCCACGUGUCCGUGUACGACGCCAACAUCCGCACCGGCGACGACUGCGUCUCCAUCGGCCCCGGCAACUCCCACCUCUGGGUCGAGCGCGUCGCCUGCGGCCCAGGCCACGGCAUCAGGCACGUUCCUGCCGGAACGCUCAGGGGAGCACGCUCGGGCUCGUCGUGCCCCCGAGCUGCCUCUGAGCAAGCGGAGCCGCCGGCGGCGGCGGCUGUGGCGAGGAACAGGAAGGUGGUGCUGCGGGAGUACAUCAGCCGGGCGCCGCGGGAGGACGAUAUGGCGCUCGUCGACGACGGCGGCACCGUGGCGCUGCGCGUCCCCCCCGGGGGAGCCGACCCGGCGGUGCUGGUGAAGAACCUCUACCUCUCCUGCGACCCCUACAUGCGCGGCCGGAUGCGGGACUUCCACCACUCCUACAUCCCCCCGUUCAAGCCAGGAUCGGUUAUACAAGGUUUGGGGGUGGCGAGAGUGGUGGAUUCCACUCAUCCGGGGUUCAGUGCGGGUGACAUUGUUUCGGGAAUGACUGGUUGGGAGGAAUACAGCCUGAUUGACAAGCCUGGCCAGCUGAAUAAGAUUCAGCAAAGUGACAUACCACUCUCUUAUCAUUUGGGGCUUCUCGGCAUGCCUGGUUUUACAGCUUAUGUUGGAUUCUAUGAGGUCUGCUCACCGAAGAAAGGAGACUUUGUCUUUGUUUCUGCUGCAUCAGGAGCAGUUGGUCAGAUUGUUGGCCAACUUGCAAAACUCCAUGGCUGCUAUGUUGUUGGAAGUGCCGGAACAAACCAGAAAGUUGAGCUCCUAAAAGAUAAGUUUGGAUUUGAUGCAGCUUUUAAUUACAAAGAGGAGCCUGAUUUGAUGGCGGCCUUAAAAAGGUACUUUCCUGAAGGUAUUGACAUCUACUUUGAGAACGUAGGUGGACCAAUGCUAGAUGCUGUACUCCUCAACAUGCGGACGCAUGGUCGCAUUGCGGUAUGCGGUAUGAUAUCCCAGCAUGGAAUGACUGAUCCUGUAGGGAUCCACAACCUCUUUUGCCUGGUAUCGAAACGGAUAAGGAUGCAGGGCUUCAUCCAGAGUGAUUACCUACACUUAUUCCCAAAGUUCCUUGAUGACAUGGCCAAGCAUUACAGGGAUGGCAAGAUCGUGUAUGUAGAAGACAUGAGCAUCGGUCUGGAGAAUGCAGCUGCUGCCUUUGUUGGUCUAUUCAGUGGUAAAAAUGUUGGCAAACAAGUCGUGUGCGUGUCACAAGAGUGAAGUACGUGUACAUUCUGAUGAGUAUUACAAACCUCUCGUGAUUCAAAUAAAUAAUAAAGAUUAUCAAACCUUUCAUGUUUGUUUUUGUUGAA